UCUACCACCAUGUGAGCAUCUUGGAUACGCCGCCUUGCUUUAAGUUCAGGCAAUCCAGCGCCACAGUAUUCUCUUAAGCACUAGCACGACUAGCCAGAGCUAAAUCUACUCAUGUUCAGUCGACAUGGACUAUAAAUAUCAGCUUCGGUCGCACACUCCAUGGGCCUCCAGUCCUCCACACGACUCGCCCAGCCAGACCAAACUACGCAACCGACAAGAUGGAUAGGGCUCGAGGGAAAGUUUCCCAUACCUUAAUAGGCCGCCCGGAAAGCCCGGCGGGGCAGCCCCCGGCGUAUGAAACUUUGGGACCCUCGGAAGAUGAAGCACUGAGGGUCGAAACGCUGUGGGACGAGCAACGAGCGACCAGCCCAGAAUCCAAACUCAACAACAUUCAAUUCGAAUUCGCUUCGCCAAGGUUAACUUGGAGUCUAAGGCAACAUGAGCCGCCUCGCUGGCGAGCGACACUUUUCGUGUGGGCGGAGAACAUCCCCAGAUUAAUGAGGCACGGCUUUCACUGGUCGCCUGCCAACGUCCACUCUGGCGCGGGAUCAAUGGACCUGAGGAAAUUGACACCUUUGUUGCUUCUACGGCGCUGCCGACACAUGAGAAGAUACGUGGUCAACGGUCACGGGUGGCAGGGCUAUCUGUGCAUAUACGCCGUGAAAGAGUCGACAAUCACCGACUUCGACCUCGAGUGGAUAAAGAAGGACACGGUACAGGAGGUGGUUGCAUACAACUGGAAGCGUGAGAAGGUAUAUCAAGCGCGGCCACAGUUGGGACACUGCUUUAACGCCGUCUACGGCCAGAUGCGGCUCCAGGGAUGGUGGCCAUGGCCAAAGUAGGACUGGGAUGAAGAUAUCAAACUGGCCAAAAGGGAAAUCCCCUGUGCUCCGAAUACGGCUUAUGUACGCUGCAGCAGAGAAUGCUUCUUCCCCUUUACUAUCAGAUCGAGACAGAUAUCAGCCAAAUGCAUGGAAAUGUAUGUUCACUUACAUGCAUGGAACCUGUGACGCCUUCAUUGACCC